AUGCUUCACAUACCAAUGACCAAUAUGAUGAUUGAUUAUGUGCAUAGACGAGAAAAGGAAAAGGAAGAACGAAAAGAAAUUAAAAAAAAGGAGAAAGAACUGAUGGAACAGGAUGAAAAAGAAGAAAAAAGAAAGCAAUCAAAAGAGGACGAGGAACAGAGAGAUAAAGAUGAUCAGGACAAAGAUGAGAGUAUUAAGAAAAGCAGGAGUAAAAAUGGUAAAGAUGAGAAAGAAGAAGACAAGUGA